AUGGCGUCGUCGCUCAAAUAUACUGUCCACCAGUACGGCGCACACGAGCUGCAACGGCUAGGGGUCUGGGACCUCGACGUCGCUGAUAAGACUCAUACUAAAUAUUGGAUCGUAUUCAUCCACGGCGGCGCAUGGCGCGACCCUCGCGUAGCGCACGACACCUUCGCGCCGGUCAUAACGCGCUUCCUCGAGAGCAGUAGUACCGCCGGUGGAUCUACCGGUAGCAUCCCUGUCGCCGCCUUCGCCUCCCUCGAUUACCGUCUGAGUCCGCACCCGGAGUUCCCGCAGGACCCGGCGACUACGCCACCGGACCGCUUCCGCGGCGCCAAGCAUCCGGACCAUCUCGAUGACGUGCGCGCCGCGCUCGCGUUCCUGCAGAACCGGUUCGGCUUUGGGAGCAGGUAUGUGCUUGUUGGGCACUCGGCCGGCGCGUGUCUUGCCUACCAGCUGUUGGCGGGAUUGUCUAGCAUCGAAGACGUUGAGGUGGAAUUCCCCGCUGCUGUGUUUGGCGUCGAGGGGAUCUACGAUAUGACGGGCUUCAACGCGCGGUUCGGUGGCGGGUAUGCGGGAUUCCUAGAAGGGGCGUUCGGGCCUCAGGAUAGAUGGGAUGAAGCGGCGCCGAUGAAGUGCCCGGGGAGCUAUGGGGAUUGGUACCCCGGAGGGUUGGCUGUGCUGGGGCACUCGGUGGAUGAUGACAUGGUGGAUAUGCCGGAGACGGAUGGGAUGGCGGAGAGACUGAAGAAGGAUGGGGUUGAGGUGUUGCUUGUGAAGGAUCUUACGGGGCCGCAUGAUGAUGCUUGGCAGGAUGGCAGAGGAGUUGCUAGGAUUGUGCUGCGGGUUUUAGAUAUUCUACGGGAGAGGGCUAGGGAGUGA